GGAAGUUGAGGCAGUGCUGCACAGUGCGUGCGACAGGGCAGGACAGAGCAAUGGCUUCAAAGAUCGACCUGUACUUGUUUCUAAAGCCCUCAUGUUUCCUUCCACUGCUGGCUUUGGCCUUGGCAUUCUUUCUUUUCACAGGAUGUGCUGCAGAUCCACUUCAGCUCGACAGAAAAGUUGGAGAAAAUGCGACAUUUUACUGUACUGAGGACACGCAGCGGCAAAUCAAACUGCUGUAUUUUCAGAUUGGUGAUGAAUUUGUCAAUGGCUUCCACGAUUCACAUGAAAUAACAGUGAGCACAUGGCCAAACACAAAGGUGGAUGUCAAAGCGGCUGCUGUACACAUGUACAACCUGAAUGUCUCACAUGAAGGAGAUUACCAGUGUCAUAUUGAGUUCAUGGGCAGUGAACACACUUUGACUGUCCAAAUAAGGCUGCGGGUCACAGCUCCCUACAGCAGACCUUCGAUCUCGAGCCGCUGUGACGCUGAAAACCUCAGCUGCAUGGUGGAGUGUACGUCACACGGCGGGUACCCCAGUGCUGAGCUAAUGUGGAACGCAACUGAGAGUAACGGCAGUCAGUGGAGGGGAAGUGUGAACAGCACUGAAGUGCGCGAUCCGAACACUGGGCUGUUCAGCAUCUCAAGCAGUGCAGCCUUCGAUUGCCUGGGUGGAAAACAAAAAGUCAGCUGCUCAGUCAAUGACUCCACCUCCGACAUCCUUUCGUCCAACACUCUUUCCGUCUGUGCUGAUGAACCGUACUCUUGGAUUCCUAUCGCCAUCGCUGCAGUCGUGUGUGUUGUGAUUUUCAUCCUAGCAAUGGUGAUACUGUGCUACUGCUGCCCGAGAACACCACCAGGAAACAGGAUAUCAACAGAUGAGGAAGUGUCCCUCAAAGUGACGUCUCCAGCGUCUUGAUUUGCAAGCGAGUGGAAACCGACCUGUGACAUUAUCUGGAAAGGUCAGCUGUCUGUGACCAAAACCGCACGUCGGUGAGGCAUGCCUCACAUUUGUGUCCAGUACUCGCUGAGAAGGAGCAGCGUCCCUCAUGAAGUGUUAAUUCAGUCAGCAUAUCAGUGACACUUGACAUUUAAGUGUUUGAGGAAGUGUUCAGCUCUUAUCCGUCCCGGGAUGAAGUACGACGUGUUCACUGAUGCAACAACGAGACGCUGGAUUCACUUUUCUAUGAAAAGGCUUUUCCAGCCGUGUUUGUUGACAAUGUAGCUGGAAAAUGGGGGGGGGGAAACUCCUCACAACAGCAUGAGCAGCUCGCUUUCAACCAAAAAGGAGUUGGUACUUUGGUGAAAUAGUGUUUUAUAUUUACCUCAUUGCAAUGCGUUACACUAGCCACAAAAGUCCCCUUUGACUUUAUAUGUAUCCAGUAUAUUACUGCUACUGCUGCUACUUUCACUUUCUGAGGUGCCUUUGCCUUUAUUUAGUCUAUUUGAAAGUUUUUGUUGUUUUUUUAACUGACUGUAUGCUGAAAAACUUGUAUUUUUUUUUUUUUUUUAUAACCUUAAUGUAUUUGUGAAAACCAGUAAAAAAUUAUAAAGUGAAUGCUCAGAAAUAAGACCAGUUGGUGCUUCCUGGUCUUCGAAAUAGUAUUUAAUUAGUUUCCUUACACAACCGUACAUCCCAAAGAAAUCAAAACAAAAAAGAAAGAAAAGGAAAAAAGCCAUAAAUGUAGAUAUGAGCUUUGUGGAAUCCCUCAGUGUCCUUGCAGUUGUCACUGUUCUCCUUUUGGCUGAAGGUAGUUCUCCAUGGCACUGACUGUAUGUGUGAAUGUGCUGUACUGUGAUGGAGGCAGCCAGCGUUUAAUAAAGUCUGCUGUUAUCCUCAUCUCAACCUUGACCCGUUUGAUACAUCAUGGUACUGUAAUUGUCUUGUGUCAGAAAUGUGAAGUGCUGAAUAGAAAUAAGAUUUGCACAUUAAUUUAUUGCAUUCACUUUGUUAUUUGUCUACAAUAGAUGAAGGGCUGCUAAGCUAUGUGAUUUUCAGUCUUUGUGUUGUUGUUAGCUAAACAUUUAUGUUUUUUUUUUGUUUGUUUUUUUUUUCUGACUCAAUGUCGAACGUUAUAUUUUUUUUUUUCUCGAUGGUUACGUAACUGGAUAGCCUUCUGCUUUGGUCCUGCUGGGAUUUACCUAGUUUCUGCUUUCAUUUCCUGAAGUUGCACACUAUGCACUUUUUCAAUAAAGGAACUUGUCUUUGCAAUUGGCAUUUCAGA